AUGAAAUCACUUCUUUGGGAAUUGCCAAUAAGUGAAAUAUAUACUCUUCAAGAAAAGCUUAAGCAUAAAGAAAAUAUAAAUGAAUUGUGUAUUGAAGGAAUGGAACAUUUAAUUGCUUGUUUAGAUAUAUACUUAAAUGAUAUAUCUAAUGCAUCGGCAAAUGAAGAAAUUUAUUUAAAGAUUUAUGCUAACGAAACACUGUCAAAUAGAGAAAUCGUAUAUGCAACAAGUAAAUUUCAUGGUUAUGCAAGAUUUAGUGAUAUUGCAAUUGCAAUGGGUGAUACAAAUUAUUUAACUGACGGUAUUAAUGUUAAUUGA